CACAACAUCAACGCUUGCAAAGCUCUUGUAUUAUUUAUAAGAAAAAGAACCUAUAUUUUUUUUCUCUUCGAAUACUUACAUGUACUUAAAUUUCGAAUUGAGCACAAUAAACAAGCGAUUAUUUGUUUUUCAUUAAAAUGAAAUUCAGUUUUGAAUAAAUAUAUUGUAUAACACAUAAAAUAAAACUGAAACUGAGCAAUUAUCAUCAGCUAUGUUUAAUAUUAUACAAUCUUUAUUGUACUACCGUUUCUCAUAAAACGAAAAUAAUGUACAUAUAUUUUGUGAUAAGAAAAGUAUUUAUAUAAUUAAAAAUUUUUAUUUAAAUAUAUGAACUAAAAAAAUUACAUUUUAUUUGUAAUUUCAAAAAAAAAAUUAAUUUCAAAAAAAUUUAAAGUAUUAAUUAAAGUAUUUAAAAACAAAAAAAGAAAAAAAUUAAUUUAUUUUUGUAAUAUUUAUAUUAUAUAACAAAUAAUUUGCAAAGAAAAAAAAAUGUAUAAUUCAACAAAAAUAUCCCGAUCAAUAUCACUUCCUGUUAAACCACAGCAUAUUGAACCAAAAUCCUUAAAAAGAAGCAAUGAAAAAGAAAAAGUUUAUUCAGAAAAUUCUAUGCAAUAUUUUGUAUACGAAGAAGAUGAAUUUAAUGAUGAUGAAAAUUAUGAUAUUUCUGUUGAUAAUGAUGAUAAAAUAUCUUUAAAUAUUAAUACAGAAAAUGUUAAUUUAAAACGUAACCCAAAUCAAGAAAUUAAUACAGAAAAAAUACAAUAUAUUAAUAAAAAUUAUCAGAGAAGACGACGUCAUUCAAGUGAUGGUGGUAAAAAUGAUACUUUAAUAAAUAAAAAAUCUGAUAUUACACCAACAAAUUAUGAUGAUACAGAUUCAGAUAUCGAUAUAAAUUUCAUUGAUGACAGUGAAGAAUGUAAUACAGUAGGAAAUGAUCAUAAAAAUUGCCAAAAGAAAUUUAUGAAUAAAAAUCAAUCAACAUCAUCAGGAAUAAAAAAUAAAAUAAUAAAUGAAAAUUAUGCUGUUCCUGGGACCAGUGGAACUGAUCAAUCAAAUAUAAUAAAACAACGAUAUAGAAAAGAUAAACGACGUACAAGUAAUACAAGAAAAGCUUCAUCAGUUGGUUUAGGUGAAAGAAGAGGUAGUCAAGGAUGGUUCGGAAGUACAAUUGAAGUAAAUAAACAAGAAGACACUAAUGACAGUGCCAGUGACGAUGAUGAAUUUGGUGGAAUUGUUGAAGAUCGUUUUAUACGUAAAUCAAUUUCAAGGAAUAUUAAUCGAAGAUUAAUUAGAAAAAAUGGUUAUCAAAAUGUUUCAUUUAAGAAUAUACCAAAACGUUCAUUAAAAUAUUGGAAGGAUUUAAUUACAACUUUAAUUGAAUUAGAAUGGUCAUAUGUUUUAUCUAUUUUUGUUAUAAUAUUUGUUGGAAGUUGGAUAUUAUUUGCUGUUUUAUGGUAUUUAAUUGCUAAAGCACAUGGUGAUUUAGAUUUUGAUCCAUUAACAAAACAACGAAUUGGUGAAGGUAAAAAACCAUGUGUACAUGGAGCAUAUGAUAUGACUGCAAUGUUUAUUCAUUCAUUGGAAUUACAAACAACAAUUGGUUUUGGUGAAAAAUAUCCAACCGAAGAAUGUCCAGAAGGUGUUUUCCUUUUUGUAUUUCAAAUUAUAUCAUCAAUUGCAUUCGAAGGUGCAAUUGUUGCUGUUGUUUAUGCUAAAAUGGCUAAACCAGUAAAAUUAUUAUCAAAAUUUACAUUUAGUAAAACUGCAUGUAUUCAUUUAAGAGAUGGAAAAUUUUGUUUCAUAUUUCGGGUUUGUGAUCCUAGAGAACAAAAAUGUAUUGGUACAAAAAUCCGGGCAUAUUUAGUUGCCGAUGCAACAACACCAGAAGGUGAAACAAUGAAAGUUAAUACAGAAUUAAAAAUAGAAGGUGAUGGUACAGGUAUUAUAACAUGGCCAGAAACAAUUUGUCAUGUUAUAAAUAAGAAUAGUCCAUUUUAUAAAUUCACCGCAAUUGAUUUUCAUACGAAAAAUUUCGAAGUUUUUAUUUCAUUAGUUGGACAUUCUCCAUUAACUGGACAAUCUACAGAAUCAAGAACAUCUUAUUUACCUCACGAAAUACUAUGGGGUCAAAGAUUUCCUAAUAUAAUUGAUUAUAGUCAAAUGAAGCAAUCUUAUGUUGUGGAUUAUGAUAAUUUUCAUACAACAAUUGCAGCUAAUAUUCCGUUCAAAAGUGCAGCCCAUCUUGAAAAAUUAAAAUUGUAAUUGAGAAAAAUUUAUAUAAUAUUUAUGGAUAAAUAACUUCAUUAAAAUAGAUUUAUCACUUGUUUUUGAUUUAAAAUCGUACGUACAUGUGUAUUUUGUCUUCAUAAAUAAAAAAUUAUUUAAAUUAUCACAA